UUGAAAAUAUCUUUAAAUAUCAAAAAGACUGAGAAUGAUCUUUUCCAGGAAUUCGAUCAGCUAAGUCAAAGUUCUCUCCUCGAUGUCAUGGUGGAUGCCAUGAUGGAUCCUGUCAAAGAAGAACUCCCAGCCAUUGCUCAAUUGACAGUUUAAAGAGUCUUGAGCCUCAAAAGCAUGACCAUAUCCAAGCUCACGAGUCUAUCGACCAGGGCCUAUUUGUUUAGACCCACAUGUCAAAGAACCUGUUGAAGAUCCCAUGGUCAAAGAGCCUGUUGAAGAUCUCAUGGUCAAAGAGCCUGUUGAAGAUCUCAUGGUCAGAGACAGCUCCAAAGCCACUAGCUCAACUCCAAAAGUGACACCUGAAAUGAAGAUAUUCAAAAUAUCUACUUGACCACAGAAAAAUGGUGGCCAGCUCAAUUCCCCAUCAAAGGUCGAUACAAACAAAGAAGCCAUGCCUAUCAAAGACGAUCACACUGAAAUUGACUCUAAUAAAGUUGCGAUUGCAGUAACAGAGCCGAAGUCAGUUAAAAGACCCCGAAGAGAUGUCACAUACAAGACCAUUCUCAGAAAGUGCAGAAAGUUCUACCAGACCAGGUUCAACCACCACACUGGUUAUCUCAAAAACAAGAAGAAAGAACCCUGCAGCUUCUACAGAGCCUGCAUCCUCAAGUUCAUCGACUCGUACUUCGAGUACAACACACACCUCAACGUGAGUUUCCACCUGGGGUGUCUGCUGUAUCCGCAAGAGAUGACCAGAGGCAUCGAGAGCUUUGUGUACCCAAAUGGAGUCAAAACGUUCACUCCGAAGAAAGUUGUGAAGCGCAAGAUUGAGACUCACAAGCAGCAAGUUGACAAACUGCACAGCAUCUUGUACAAGUUCACUCACGAAAAGCUCGACAAGUUCAUAUCUGUUCCGGAACUGGCUGCAAUCUUUGUCAACUUCUCUGAAAAUGUACUCUCCAAAGCCUUCUAUUUUUCUAGCUGAUGAAAUCACCUUUUUAAAUGUCGUCAUUUGGAAGGACCUUCAGACCAACCCCAUGUGGGAUGUCUCUAUCAAGCUGUUCUUGGUAGAAGACUUCAUUGGGGAAGGCAAUUCUUCCUUCUCCAACUCUCUGGUUUAAUUUGGUGUUCCAGCUGUCUUCGUAGAAGCCUUCAGGCAUGACAGAAACAUUUUUAAUCUCGAAGUUCUUCUUGUGGACAUGGUCCCCUCUGUCAAGCUCUUCUUCGAUUCUGUGUCUGUGAUCUUCAUAAAGGUCUCUGAUUUCAUCUUCGAGUCUUUGGUCAAGGCUUCAUUCAAACUUUUGAGUUUUUAAAAAUAACUUUGAGCUCUUCCAACUCCAUUAGUAGUAGAAACUGUAAUGAUUCUCUUCUCCAUAGUUACCCCUUCUUCACAUUUGAUGAACAUCAAAUUUCAUUUU